GGCACCAAUGGUUGGAGAAGAAAGUGUUUGAGUGGGUCGCCAAUCUGUUUCUGGGAGAAGAGGGGAAGCAAUGUUAUAUGUCUCCAGGGAAGAACAUAAGGCAGUAGUGAAAGAGUGGGAAGGAGAAGAGGAGCCCUUAAAGCGCCAAAAUAUAGAAGAGGAGAAGAAGUUGGAGUGGAAGCUGCGCUUAGCCAGGGAGAAGAAGAAGAGAAUGGAGGAGGUAAGCAAAGCUGCAAAAGAAUUGGAAGCCAUAAAAGAACAAAGAGCGCAGAUGGAGACACAAGCAGACAUACAGGGGAAGAUGGAGGUGAUGUCAAGGAAUAUUGAGCUCCUGGCCAAAGCAUGGGACGAGCAGUAUCAGUUCACUAGGAGCCAGGAUGUAGCCUUGCGAUCAAUCCGAUUGGGAUUUAGAGAGUUUGCGCAUGACAUGAUGAUGCACGUGGGAUCAGAAGUAACGGCGAGGCUAGAAAAUACAGAGCGAUUCUGCACGCGCGCCAUAGAAGGCGCAAAACUCGCUGCUCCAGGGGAGGAGGAAGCGCGUCCCCAUAGAGAGCCAGUCAAGGUAAAGUUCCCUGGCUCUUAUAGUGGAAAGAAGGAAGAGAACUUUGACAAUUGGGAGGCGAAUGUGAACUCCUACGUACACCUGCAAAAGAUAGCUCCUGAGGAAUAGGUCCUCAUCGCCUUCCAUGCUCUCAAAGAUGAGGCAGCUAGUUUCGCUAGAUCGCUCUGUUGCGC